AUGUCUACAUUGAAGCAACUGCUAAAACAUAAGCCUCAAAUUACAUUGGCAUUAUUAAAGCCUGAUAUAUGUGCCAAUGCAGCUUUACCACCGAAAAUCAGAAAGGCGAUUGAAGCUAAAAAUCUGGAAAUCGUUCAAGAGCGCGAUGUACUGUGGACAGAACAGCAAGCAGGAGAGUUUUAUGCAGAACAUCAAGGCAAAUUCUUCUAUCAUCGUCUAUGUGGAUACAUGACAAGUGGGCCGUUUAAAGCAAUGAUUUUAGCCUCACCCAAUGCCAUCAAAGACUGGAGAGCUUUAAUAGGGCCUACACAUCCAGUGAGAGCGCGAGUGAAUCAACCUGAUACCUUGAGGGCUUUGUACGGAUUGACAGACACAAGAAACUCAUUUCAUGGAUCAGAUUCAGAUGAUUCAGCUAGACAAGAGAUCAAGUUCUUCUUCCCUCAUGCAUUCUAG